CUCAGGACCCCUCCCAAGCGCUGUUAACAAGUUUGUGUUUAUGAUCAAAGAACGUCAAAACAUAUCUCUAGCUGCUCUACUAAGAUAGUGAGUGGUAGAUACUAACCUGAGCUCAACUAUAGGGCGAAAUGUCGCGAUUACUCUGUCUAUUUUGCUUCGCGACGGUGUGCGUCUGGGAAGGCAUAGCACAAAACCAGAACAAUGUGGAUGUACGAGAACCUGUCCUGAGAAUAUCCCCUGACAGGAGUGGUGAUCAGAAUACAAAUGACUACUUUGGCUGGGCUGCUAUAUUCCACGCAACAGAAACUGCUAAUCCUACAGACACUAUAGAUGAAUCACUAAGCAAGCUAAGGCUCAUAGUCGGAGCUCCCUGGGGCACCUUCAAUGGUGGACUGAGCUUGACUGAUCCUUUUCUACCGAGACAGGAUCGAACAGGUCUUGUGUACAGUUGCCCCCUUACUCCGGGCGCCUGUGAGGGCGUGAGGGGGAAUACAUCUUCGUACAUCGAUAACGAGCUCCUCGCUAACAAUAUGGGUUCAGUACAGCUGGGUACGGAUGUACCACCAGAUGAGUUUUGUGAAGGAAGGCUCUUUGACCAAGCACCCAAUGCAGAGGCAAGGGCUUCAGUUAAUGGUAUCUUUAAUCAGUACGAUGAUAAGGAAGGACAAUUACUUGGAUCAGUGCUCUACAGCACCGGGGACAUCUUUGUGGCAUGUGCUCCUCGCUGGAAGUUCGGCUACUUUCAGUCUAGUGCAAUUUUCACUCGAGGGGUGUGUUACCAUGGUGGUCGAGACCUUACAGGAUUCACCGCCAUUUCCCCCUGCUCUGGGACUGUAUUAAACUCUGGCAGGAAUGGUGCUGGCACUGUACAUGGCUCUUUCUGUCUAGGAGGGACAUCUAUAGUUGUGAAUGAUAACCAGUUCGUUGUGUCAGCUCCUGGCCAUUCUGCUAACCGUGGGCUACUGGCCAGUGUCAGCACUGUCGGUGUGACUUCUACCACUAGCUUUACACUGGGAACACCUGCUGGAGUUAACAGUGUAAAUGUUGACCUAUAUCAAGGAUUUCAAGUGAUCAAUGCUUACAUACUGAUUCAAAAUGUUGAUGGAGUACCUCCUCCUCCAAAUUUGGUUGCCAGUGUGCCUCGAGCUGGUGAUGACUACAACGGCCAACUCAUCGUGUACAAUACCUCAACCACUUUAGAUAACCCCAUAGUAACUCCAGCUACUGGCUCUCAGUUGGCUGAGUUCUUCGGCUAUUCACUAGCAGCUGGCGAUCUGAACAAUGAUAGAUAUGACGAGGUGCUGGUUGGUGCUCCCAUGUAUUCAAUGUACACUACCAACGGUGCUCCUUCCGUGGAGAGAGGGAGAGUGUACAUCGUCAGAAACUUGCAGGGUACGCUGUCUGGUGAUGACCUGGUUGUGGAAUCUCCCCUCUCUUUUGUGGGUGGGGCAAGGGCGAGGUUCGGCACUUCCGUUGCUUUCCUGGGAGAUAUAGAUCGGGAUGGAUACAACGACUUUGCAGUGGGUGCUCCCUACUACAUGAACGAGGGUGUAUCUGAUACGGGCGCUGUGUUCAUAUACUAUGGUAGAGCCAACAUGACCGAGACAGCUACACAGAAACCGUUUAUGAUAUUUGCGUCCACACUUCGCUCUAACGUGAUGGUGGGUGCUGAGCUACUCACGUUUGGUUGGUCACUCUUCAGUGGUGUCGAUGUGGACAACAACGGAUACAAUGAUCUCAUUGUCGGAGCCUACGAGUCUCAGGCAGUCUUUGUGUUGAGGAGUCUACCAGUGGCAGAUAUCUUCGUGACCUCUGUACCCGGCAUUGAGGUGGAUGUAGACAAUCAAAUGAAUUUUGAACUGACGAUCACAGCAAGGUUCAAUGGAACCGGUUUGGAUAACAUGCUCAGUGUGAAUUUUGAAGUACGGGAGAUCAUCGGUGAUGAUGGCCGACGCGUGUUCUUUGAUUCCCAGAACAAUGUCGCUACCAUUGGCAAGGGAACCUUCACAUUCCCAGCACCCGAUACUGAUGUGUCGCCAACCGUCACCGUAUACACUGACCAAGAUAUAUCGGAUUUCAGCCCGUACAGGUUCAGUAUCUCGCUUGUAGCCAUUGAGCGCACUGUCAACAGUCCAGUGAGUGGUAACCAGGCAGUGACCAGCCUCUCCCCCUUCCCUAGCCUCAGACACCGUGGGGACACAACGGCAGAGGUGCCUGUUAGGAAUGUGUGCGGCAACGAUACUUGUACCAAUGACCUCAUGUUCAGCAGCCCUUUCCCUCAACCAUUUCUGGUGGUGGCGAAUAUGAUGGGGGCCAACGACAUUGUGGACGUAAGCAUUCGCAAUAAUGACGUUGCUGGCAUUGAGCCCGCCUCUGGUAUUCAACUGGUUAUCUCUGACCUACCAGACUUUGUGAAUACAGUCGUUGGAGAAAGAAAUAUUAUUUGUGGUCUGAGAGUUAAUAACACUGUGACCUGCCGAUAUGAUAUCCGACGACUCAACCCUGGAAUCACUGAAGAUGCAAGGAUUGUGUUUCGUUACAACACAGAUUCUUUAAUUGGCAACGAGAUGCCAGACAUGUCAAACCUUCUUCUAGUGAUCCCGGCCACCAACGGGGUGGAUAAUAACCUUAGCAACAAUGGCCGCACUCUGACCUUUCAACCCACUGCCAGAGCCAACCUUGCAGUGACUAUUGAGUUCAGCCCGGCAAUAGGAACAUACCGUGCAGUCGCACCAAGUGCCACUGAACUGGGGAAUGGUGUAAGCAAUCUUGGUAACGAGAUCACUCUGCUAGUGAACGUGAACAACUCCGGACCCUCUACUAUCAGAAAUGGCAUUCUAAACCUCUAUCUUCCCUCAUCUGAUAUGGCUAUUACUGGAGAACUGACGUACCUCUACCCCUAUCUAAUCCGCAUCCCAGUUAACAGUCAGAUAGUGUGCUCAAGAGAUAACUUGGACACCAGCGGGUUUGUGGGGACUGCUAGAAAGAGGAGGUCCACCAUGACCCUGACUGAGAGUAGAGCUGCGAGGGCAGCCAGGGAGGUCCCAGCAGGUGGGCCAGAGAAAGUCACUAGGAGGAAGAGGCAGGAGGUUACCUUUGACUUGGACUGCAUGGCGAAUACAGAUGCUUGUACCAUGUUUUCUUGCUCCAUCACCGACUUACCUGUCAACAGUGUCAGUUUCACCCUGCACACUCGUGUCGAUGAUCGUUUCUUUGCCACUCUGACUGGUGAUGGGAGGCGAGUGUACAACCUGCGGGCGCACGCUACUGUCUCUAACAAUGAAGAUGUUAGCAAUGGUGGUUUCUACACAAGGGACAUAUUGUCAGACAACACUGCUCAGACGAUGGUAAUGCUGCGUCCCGCCCCGAUGAUGGAAGACCAGGGAAUCCUUAUCCAUGUCAUAUUGUGGCCAGUACUGGGAGGACUGCUCAUCCUUGUAGUGCUCAUCGUCGUGCUAUACUUCUGCGGAUUCUUUCGUCGCAAGACAAAGCCCGAGGAUGGAGAAAUUGAGGGAGGAGAUUUUGAGGUGGAGGGUACCAAGGGAUCGUAUACUCCAAAACAGCUUGAGCCUGCCCCCGAAGCUAAACCUGUCGAGGAGGAGUCCAAAGCGUAGUCAAAUCGUCAACAUUAUAGCAGUGCAGCAAAGUACUGAUUUAAUUCGAACAUGAUAAUUUAUUAAUAAUUAGUGCACGUAUUAUUUUUUACCAUUGUCUUGAUAUGUAGCUGGAGAGUGUAUACUAUAUAUAAGCAUAAAAUUUAAUUAUUAAUAAUUCAUCUGUUAGCUGUUUUUUGUGCUCAACUAUCAUGUUUACAGUUAACGAUCCUUA